UUGUCUCAUUAUUCUUUCUUUUUUGUUUCUUCUUAUCUUUCUUUCUUAGGAAACGGCAAACAACAGCAGAAAGACGCUGCAUCGACUCGUGCAGACUAUCCUAUUCCACCGCAAUGUGGCGUAUAUUAUUUCGAAAUCACAAUUGUUCGAGGAUUAAAGGGCUGCAUGGGUGUCGGUGUAUGUGGGAAGUCUGUUAAUCUUAAUAGAUUACCUGGUUGGGACCGGUAUUCUUAUGGUUAUCAUGGGGAUGAUGGGAAUUUCUUUUCGUUUUCUGGAAAUGGCGUGUCUUAUGGUCCGAAAUUUACCUCUGGUGAUGUUGUCGGUUGUGGCAUCAAUCUUGUAAACAAAACAAUAUUUUUCACUAAAAAUGGAGUACAUUUAGGUAUCGCAUCGAGAGAUUUGGAACAUAUUGAUGAUCUUUAUCCAACAGUUGGUUUGCAGACAACUGGAGAAGUUGUAGACGCUAAUUUUGGUCAACGACCUUUUCGUUUUGACAUUCGUCCAGAAAUGGAGGUUGAGUCGUUUUCCACCGUUUCGUGUCCAAGGCUAGUAUCGUCGUGGAUGGCUUGUGAAGGGUAUAGCAAGUCUAUGGCUUCAUUCUGUAAUGCUGCAAAGCUUGUGCCCGAAGAAGAUGAACAAAGCAUUGAGAUGAGAAAAGGUGACAAUUCUUUUUUCAUGCGCUUACUUUCGAAUACGAAUUUAAUAACUGCUUUACAAAAGAAAAUUCCAAACGGAGAAGAGAAUUCUCUUUCGUCAUGUAAGUAA